AUGAUGGACGCCCACGAGAACCUGAACAAUGACAAUCGAUUUUUGUCUUUAGUAUGGAAAGAGAAGCGCGUUGUUUGCAUUUGCAUCUUUAUCGCGCUGGGUCAAUUCCAGUAUGGAUACGAUUCAGCUGCCGUCUCUGGUUUUCAAAGCAUGCCUGGGUUUCUCGCGGUAUUUGGCUACGUCGAUCCAGAAAGCCCAAUAGGAUACAAUUUGAAAACAUCUGUGCAAACCCUUAUCCAGAGUUUAAUGCAACUUGGGGGAUUUGUGGCAUCACUUUUCAUAUUCAAGUUUGGCGCCUUCAUCAGCAAUAGGGUGGGUCUUUGGACUGGUUGCGCUUUUUCAGUCCUUGCCGUCAUCCUCCAGAUGAGUAGCAUCGACAUUGCAGCUCUCUAUAUGGGUCGUUUAUUUUUGGGAGUCUCCAAUGGAUUCUACCUUACCUAUUCGGCUACUUAUCUCGGGGAGAUUGCACCCACAUAUCUCCGUGGGUCUGCUGUCGGCCUGGUCACCUUCCAAACCUCCUUCGGUGCAUUGAUAGGAAUCCUUAUUGACAACUACACGGCGAAAUACGACGGACGCACAUCAUAUUUGAUCCCAUUAGGGGUCAUGUUCAUCGUUCCAGCCGCCCUUGCAAUCGGGCUCUUAUUCCUCCCAGAGAGUCCGCGCCACUAUACCCGCCUCGGAUCGGAUGAAAACGCAGCCAAUGCGAUUCGUACUCUACGAGGUAUCUAUGAUGAAGACCAACUUGCCGCUCAGGUCGCGACUAUCAAAGACGCAUGGGUGAUUGAGAACAGAGAGAACCAAAGUGUGCGUCUAAUUGACGCUUUUCGUGGAUCCGAUCUCAAGAGAACUAUUCUCAGCUUAUGUUGCAGUAUUUCACAAACUGCAAGUGGUGUCAUUUUCUUUGCGAGCUACUCAAUCUACUUCUAUGCCCAGGCUGGUGUGAAGAACGAGUUUGUUUGGGUGAUGAUGAGCCUGGCAAUUGCGCUUACUGGCAACAUGGGAGCCUUUAUUGUCAUGAAAUUCGUCGAGCGCCGGACCUUACUGGGUGUUUCGUCAAUAAUCAACUCAGCAAUCAUGUUCGUGAUCGCUGGUGUCUAUACGAGGCUCAGUGAUGGCUCAUAUACCGCUGCACAAACUCUGGUUGCAAUGGGCACUCUGUUCACUUGGAUGUAUGGAAUUGGCCAGGGCCCGGUGCUGUGGGCUCUUACCGUCGAGAUCCCUUCUCAACGACUCCGCUCAAAGACCGUAGGUCUCGCAACGGGCUGCAACUAUCUCUUUGCAUGGAUCGCAACUUAUUGCUCACCAUAUUUCAUCAACCCUGGCUCGUUGAAUUGGGGACCAAAGUACUGCUAUAUUUGGGGCGUAAGCAACAUCAUACUGGGGAUUUGGGCUUUCAUAUUUGUCCCGGAUGUCGGAGGAAAGAGCUUGGAACAAAUUACAAAUUCAAUGAUUACUCACGCCGAGGUCAAAAAUGAGGAAUCCGGUACUGUUGUGGAGCAUCGCAGGUUUGCGCAAUCUGAAUAG